AAGUGCAAGUGCCAACUGCAGUAGCUAGCAGCCUGCCUAACACAGUUCGUCAUCGACCUCGAGGGCCGGCAAGCAAUCAAUCACCCAAGCUAAGCCAUGGCGCCUCGCAGCCGCCUCCUCGACCUCGAGAAGCACGACGUGCUCUUCUUCUACGGCGAUGGCGCCUACCACCAGAGCGAGCGCGUCAGCGUGGUCACCAGAGCGAUCGCCUUCUGGCCCGUCUUCCUCGUCGCCGCCCUGCUCCUCCACCUCAUCGCGCCGUUCCCGCACGUGGCUGCCGUCUGCGGGGCGCUCUACGUCUUCCUCCUCGACCGCGCAGCGCAGGCGAGCUGCUCCAGCUCGUGGCCUUCCACUGCCACUGCCGCGCCGCCGGCAGAGGCCUCUCGCCCCACUACUCGGUGCACAGCGGCAGGCUAUACGGUCGUGCAGAAUUGAAGCCGCGAUGGCUAGCAUAUGCUCGUGCCAUCUUUCUCGUUGCAGGUUGUUAGUUGGAUGCUUACCAGUUACCAUGCUUAAUUGCAUGUUUCCAUUGUACGUAGCUGAUCAACGUACGAAGAUGGCUGUGGAAUAGAGUGGCUUAAGCACAUUCCGCGUAUUACAGAAAAAAAAGAGUUCAGGUGGUCUUCUUCC